CCCGCCCAGCUUCUCUGUCUCCACCAUCCCCCAAUUCUUUCUGCAACUCCUGCUCCUCCUCUUUCCUCUCUCUCCUGUGUCAGCAUGGCGGCCAUGGAGAUGAGGGUAUGUGAAACUGAGGGUUGUAGCAGUGAAGCUAAAUUGCAGUGCCCAACCUGUAUCAAACUGGGCAUAAAAGGAUCGUACUUCUGCUCACAGGAAUGCUUCAAGGGGAGCUGGGCAACUCAUAAGCUGCUGCACAAGAAAGCAAAGGACGAGAAGACAAAACAGGAACCCUCCAAGAAUGUGGACAAUGAUGUUAACACAGACCCAUGGCCUGGCUACAGAUACACUGGCAAACUUAGACCGCACUAUCCAGUGACACCAAAGAGGCCUGUACCAGGUUAUAUCCAGAAACCAGACUAUGCAGAUCAUCCAUUAGGUAUGUCAGAAUGUGAACAGGCACUUAAAGGCAACUCCCAAAUCAAAGUACUGUCAACAGAGGAUAUUGAAGGGAUGCGGUUAGUGUGCAAGCUUGCUAGGGAAGUACUGGACGUAGCUGCUUUGAUGGUAAGACCAGGGAUGACAACUGAAGAAAUUGAUCAUGCUGUACACCUGGCUUGUCUGUCCAGGAAUUGCUAUCCUUCACCACUAAAUUAUUAUAAUUUCCCAAAGUCAUGCUGUACGUCUGUGAAUGAAGUGAUCUGUCAUGGGAUUCCAGAUAGGCGGCCUCUGCAAGAUGGAGACAUUGUUAAUGUGGAUAUUACAGUGUAUCAUAAUGGUUACCAUGGAGAUCUGAAUGAGACCUUCUUUAUUGGAGAAGUUGAUGAAGCUGGCAAGAAACUAGUACAGACGACCUAUGAAUGCCUUAUGCUAGCUAUCGAUGCCGAAAACAAAGCUGUUGGAGUCAUAAAACCAGGUCAUGUGUUUACAAUUGAACCUAUGAUUUGUGAAGGUGGCUGGCAGGAUGAAACAUGGCCUGAUGGCUGGACUGCAGUAACACGUGAUGGUAAACGUUCUGCUCAGUUUGAGCACACACUCUUGGUCACAGAGACUGGCUGCGAGAUCUUGACUCGGAGGUUGGAAGACAAUGGGCGCCCCCAUUUCAUGAUGCAGUCCUAGGUUUGGACUGACAUGUGACUCACCAUUGUCCAUCAGUUAACUACAGUGCAAGAUGACUGAAGGAUUGUAAUCUAUUAAUUUUGCCAUUCUGCAGAAAUUACAACUAUGCUACAAGACUGCUACUGGAUCUGUGGUGCAUAUGUCAAAAAUAAACAGCAGUGUUUGAAAGGCUAAUGCUCAAUCUGGGACAAUAAAGAUGUAAAGCAUCUGUGGAAUUUAUCAGUUCUACAGGGAAACAGCAUUAGAAAGAAGGACCUCCCUGCAGCCUGAUGUUUUGUGUACACAUCAAAACACUUGUGUAUUAAUGCAAAACAUUUGAAGUUGAGAUCUGUUGCUGUACCACUCAGUUUCCUUUUGUGGAUGUUUAAUUAAAUGAUAGAAUCCUAAAACUGUGAUAGUAUUUGCUGCUUUCUUUUACAGCCUGAGUAUGUUUGUAUGUAGCUGGACUGGCCACUAAUGCAAGUGUGAAUCGAUGAGCUUUGUUGUUAUAGCAAAGCCCAGUGCACCAGAUUUCCAUUUCUUACUCCAUAUCAGCUGUCAGUUCAAUGUAUAACCAGAAAUUUUUUGUACAUCAUUCCAUUUACAAAAUUCAGUGCAAGCAUGACCCAGUGAGGGAGAUAUUUCAUGUCAAAGUACUUUGGGGGUAAAUAAAUGUAAAAUACCUAUUAAUAGCAUGGUCCCACUGAUAAACAUGUAAAUAUUUGUAUGACUUGUCUUGAUCAAGCAUGUCACAUGUUACUGAAUUCAUGGAAUGGAGAAUAUGACUGAGCUUCACACUUUUGAAGCCAUGGCAUUCAGUAAUCUGUAGAAGAUGUAGGUUUUCUAGUCAUUUUAUUUAACAGCAGCUGUUUUUUUCUUUCUCAGUAACUGCUUUUGAUUAUAUGCAGUGUUUGCAUUGUUUUUUCCCCUGCAGUACUACUGAUUUCAUCUUCUUGAAAUAUGAUUAAUCAGACACAAAAUACUGAGUGACAAAGGAAGCAGAAUAACUCGCAGCUCCUCAGUGGUCAUUGAUGCAUUUUGUAGUGGCACUUUGGAAACAUUUGCUACUGUCUGCUGUUUUAUGAAAAAAAGUUUUUUUUAACAUUUUGAGGGAAUAAAUGAAACACUGGAUUUCAGACAUCAUCCUGGCUAUGUACUACCUUUUCUCCGGAGUGCCUCAAAAGUUCUUUGUUUUUUUUAAAGUGCAGCCAUCAGAAUGACACUUCAAUUUCUUUUAAUAAUUUCACUAAAGAAUCACAAGAUGUUCAAGGACAGAUAUUUGUGGUGAUUUUAAUUGGACUGUAAAUCUCUAUUUUUUGAAGUGGAAAUUGGCUGCCUGAAUUCUGGUGUUAUAUUAAUGUGUAAGCUUAAAUUUGACAUGGUAGAAAUUUGGGGAAAACCAUGCUAGUCCGUUUCCUGUAUUUAGAUGUAAAAAAAUGCUUUGUCACAAAUGAAAGGAGGAAACCUGCAUUAAAAUAUGUUCAACAUUUAAAAUGGUGUGUUGUAGUAAAAUUUAGAUGGCAGUGUCUGUAAAUUUUACACAGUCUGUUUUGCACACGUCUUUCCACUUUGGUUGCAGUUGUUCGUAUCCACCGUGUAAAGAAUGUGGCUUCAAACAUUUAGCUGCAUUUGUACUAAUUAGAUUUUAUAAACGGACUGUGGAAUCUGUUUAGCCAGUUAAAAAAAAGUUUUAUAUUUUAGCAUAAGAUUUACAGUGUACAAGAGUGCUGGAAACAUGUUUCUCCAUAUCUUAUUCCCAGAAUCUGUUCCACUUUCAUGAAAAUAUCAUAAACCAGUUCUUGUUAGCCUUGUAACAGUGUUGCUGGCAGCAUUGUUUAAAACAGAUAUAUUGUCUCUUCUAAAGAAUGGUGAAUGAAUAAAUAUGUUUGGUUCAUUGUGCCCUUGUCAUUGUAGUUAAAAGUGCUCUAAAUCGAUAUCUUCAGAUUUUUGUAUGAAGUGGCACAGUUUACACUUCUUUAGGGUUUGUCAAAUUAAAAAAAAUUAAGUCAUAA